AUGUUUCCAUUCAACGGCCACGAGGAGAGUGGCCCUCAACCUCUGACAGAUGAAGACCACCAGCUUUUGAGCUCGCUGGUGCAAAAGUAUGGACACUCUAGCAUCAUAUAUGCCUUGACCGGCUAUGGAGAGUCUUCCCGUGCCUCCAUUUUCUCUGCCAAUACACUGAUGAGCAGCGCUGCCGCAAGCAUGAGCGCGCCCUCGCUGGCAUGGACGAGUUCUGAAGCGUCUCAAUGCCGGUCCGACGGAGCCUCCAUUCACACACAGCACACAUGGCCCGAAGUCGUUGCCGAGAUGCCUCCCAUGCACGACGCGGAAGCCGGAAAACUCGCGGAGCGCUCAUGGCUCGAUUCCCCUGCUCCCGUGCCGUCGCCCAUGACUGCCGAGGGAGCCUCUCACCCGUCACCACGACUAAUCGCCCCAACUGGCAAAAAGUACCAGUGCCCCAUGUGCUACCUAGACAGCAGCCCUGUUGGCUUUGGACGCAAGAGCGACUUCAAGAAGCAUCUCCACAACUUUCAUGGAUCGGAUGUCGUCUGGAUCUGCCACACCAAGGGCUGCCAUAUGUCCUUCUCUACUGAGCGCGCCUACAGCACGCACGCCAAGGAAGCCCAUCGCAUGAAGGCCUUGCCAAACAGCACUGCUCGCACCGACCUGUGCCCCCAGGUUGUCUUUCCCUGCGGGUUUGCGACUUGUCGCGAUCGUCUCUUCGAGGCUGCCACGCCCGAAGAUGCUUCGGCCACGCGCGACAAGCACUUUGAACACAUUGCCAAGCACUUUGAAGACGACUUUGACGUGAGUGACUGGGAGUAUAAGGUGCAGAUUCAGAAUCUGCUGAGACAACAACAAGUCAAGUCGGUGUGGAAAACGUGCAUCUGGCCCAAGGAGAAGCGUCAGCAGCUGCAAUGGCGUUCACGAUCGUCAGGAGAGCUCAAACGCAUGUUGGAAUCUCGCCAUCUAGGAUCUGAUGUCUCUCAGAUUGUUCGCCUCGCAUUUAUCCUGGGCAAUGCGCCCUUCUCGACUUCCGGUGCGGCCCCUCCCGGCGAGCUCGAGUCGUACUUUCAGCUUCCCUACCGAAACCAGUGCCCCGACGAUGCGCCUACGCAAUCUGUUUCUCCGCCCGAUGUCAAAGGCGAGGAGGACAGCUCGUCCACAUUUAGCUUUUCCAAGUACCGAUCUAGCACACAGACGGUAUUUAGACUGUCGGGGCGCAAUUCAAAGAGAGCGUCUCGACCACCGACACCGACACCCGUGACGGACAUGGCCACGGACACAGUCAUGGCAGAGGAUGGUGGUGCGGCCGGUCCGCACCCUGGCACGCCAUUCCAGAUUCCAAACGAGACGGUGUGGCCCGUGGACGCGCCCAAAUUUGCGCCGGAGCAGCCGGUGAUGCACAAGCCGAUGGAGCAGCCGAUGGAGAGCCCGAUGAUUUAUCCGCUGCAGGGCCAGGACCAGUCGUACGCGACGUGGACGGGCAUGGAUACGAGCAUGACGCACAUGGACGCGAUGCACCACCAGAUGGACGGGAUGCCCAUGCACUACCACGCGCACGCGCAGCAUCCGAACCAGCACGUGCAGCUGGGCAGCAACGGCGGCGGGCUGUACAACAACAGCAACCACUAUGCCAUGAGCGCGAGCCCGACGUCGACAGUGAUUCGGCCCGGAACGCCGACGCCUCACAAGCGACCUGGGUCGUGGAGCCGCGUGAUGAGCAUGGAGAGCCUGCGGCCGAGCAAGAAAAUGCCGCCGCAGGACAUGGGCGGCAUGAUGUCGACGCCGAUGGGAAUGUAA